AUGGAUCGAAUUAUAUAUGAUCAGGUGGUGGUGGAUAAUGGCAUCGUGGGAGUGAGUUUCUCGAGACCAGAUGGUCAUGUCUUGGGAAUAAACUAUAACAAUGGUCUCGAUAAUUUGCUUGAAGAACAUAAUGGCAGAGAUGAUAGAGGGUAUUGGGAUGUAGUUUGGAAUGAUCAGCAAGGUGGUCGUGGUACUACUGGAAUCUUUGAGAGAGUGGCAGGAACAAACUUUACGGUAAUAACUCAGAACGCAGACCAAGUAGAGCUUUCAUUUAGCAGGACAUGGGAUGUUUCCAAACGUGGAGAGAGUGUUCCUCUAAAUAUAGACAAGAGAUACAUAUUGCGACGUGGAAACUCGGGAUUUUAUUCAUACGCAAUAUUUGAGCGUGUUAAGGGAUGGCCGGAGGUGGAGAUUACACAGAUUAGGAUUGUUUACAAGCUCCAAGAAGAAAUAUUUCAUUACAUGGCAGUAUCUGACGACAUGCAGAGGUGUAUGCCGACGUAUCAAGAUCGAGAAAACGGUCAGGUCCUAGCUUACCCGGAGGCUGUUCAGUUGACCAACCCAGUUGAACCUAAAUUUCGAGGACAGGUAGAUGACAAGUACCAAUACUCGGUGGAAAACAAAGACAAUAAGGUUCAUGGAUGGAUAUCUUCAAGCCCGUCUGUUGGAUUAUGGGUCAUAACACCGAGUAAUGAGUUCAGGACAGCAGGGCCCAUGAAGCAGGACCUCACCUCCCAUGUGGGCCCCUUUGCCCUCUCUAUGUUUGUGAGUACACACUACGCUGGGAAGGACGUAGAGAUGAAGUUUGAAGAAGGGGAGCCAUGGAAGAAAGUUUUUGGUCCCAUAUUUCUUUAUGUCAAUUCGCUCUCUAACGAGGAAAAUGCCUCAAAACUUUGGAAAAAUGCCAAAGAGCAGAUGUCGGUUGAAGAAGAAAGUUGGCCAUACAAUUUCACAAAGACAGAAGACUUUCCUUUUGCUGACCAACGUGGAACCGUUACGGGUCAAUUGAUGGUCCAUGACCCGUAUAUGAAUGAGAAAUUAAUGGGUGGGCAAUCUGCUUACGUGGGAUUGGCGGCUCCGGGAGAGGUGGGAUCAUGGCAAAGGGAAAGCAAGGGCUAUCAAUUCUGGACCAAAGCAGACGAGCAAGGACGUUUCGUCAUUAAAAAUGUCCGACCUGGAGACUAUAAUUUGUAUGCGUGGGUCCCUGGUUUUGUUGGGGAUUACAAAAAUAACUCCACUAUUUCUAUUAAACCAGGUUCGGAAAUAAAUCUGAAUGUUCUUGUGUAUGAGCCUCCAAGAAAGGGUCCGACCCUGUGGGAAAUUGGCAUCCCUGACCGCACGGCCGGAGAGUUCUAUAUACCUGAUCCAAACCCAGCACUCAGGGACCCAUUGUAUAACAUUAAUUCUAACACAGAAAAGUACCGACAAUAUGGUUUAUGGGAUCGGUACACAGAUUUAUAUCCAGAUCAGGAUCUCAUCUACAACAUCAAUACCAGCAACUAUUGUACUGAUUGGUUCUUCGCCCACGUUACGAGGCGUGUAAAUGGUUGGACAUAUGAAGGUACAAUAUGGCAGAUUGUAUUUGAAUUGCGAACAGUGGAAGACAACAGCAACUACACCCUCCAGAUGGCCUUGGCGUCAGCUGAAGCAGCUACCUUGCAGGUUCGGUUCAACAAUCCGAUGGCCAGAUUUGCUCACUUCAGCACAGGAUUUAUAGGAGGCGACAAUGCCAUCGCGAGGCAUGGAGUUCAUGGGUUAUAUUGGUUGUACACCAUUGAUGUACCAAGCGAUCUACUCAAAGUAGGAGAAAACACAAUCUAUCUCAUACAGUCAAAGAGCGGAAGUCCUUUUCAAGGAGUAAUGUAUGAUUACCUUCGACUCGAAGGGCCUCCUCAAGACUGA